AUGGCAACCCAAAAGAUCAGAGUAGCAAACCCAGUAGCAGAGCUUGACGGAGACGAGAUGACUAGGAUCAUCUGGACUCUUAUCAAGGAAAAGCUUAUCCUCCCUUACCUCGACAUCCCAAUCCAAUACUUUGACCUUUCCAUCCAAAACCGUGACGCCACUAAUGACCAAGUCACUUUGGACUCAGCCAGAGCCAUCCUCGACUGCAAAGUCGGGAUUAAGUGUGCCACGAUCACCCCAGAUGAGGCAAGAGUUGAAGAGUUCAGCCUCAAGAAGAUGUGGAAAUCUCCAAAUGGAACAAUCAGAAACGAACUCAGAGGAACCGUCUUCAGAGAGCCAAUUAUCUGCAACAAUGUCCCAAAACUCGUCCCAGGCUGGACCAAGCCAAUCAUCAUCGGCAGACACGCCCACGCUGACCAAUACAGAGCCACUGACUUCGUCGUCGACAGGCCUGGCAAAUUCGAAGUUACCUUCACCCCAACUGACGGAUCUGAAGGCCAAAGGUACGAAGUUUUCGACUUCAAAGGUGCAGGAGUCGGUCUUGCCAUGUACAACACUGAUGAGUCUAUUGAAGAGUUCGCUAGAUCUUCCUUUGAAUACGCCUUAGACAGAGGCUAUCCUUUAUUCUUGUCCACUAAGAACACCAUCCUUAAGAGAUAUGACGGAAGAUUUAAGGAUAUUUUCCAAGCGAUCUAUGACAGUGAGUACAAGGCAAAAUUCCAAGAGAAAGGCCUUUACUAUGAACACAGACUUAUCGACGAUAUGGUCGCCCAAGCUAUUAAGAGCAACGGAGGCUUCGUGUGGGCUUGCAAGAACUACGAUGGUGAUGUCCAAAGUGAUAUCGUCGCCCAAGGAUAUGGCUCAUUAGGACUUAUGACCAGUGUCUUGGUUUCCCCAUCAGGAGCCAUUGAAGCUGAAGCAGCCCACGGGACUGUCACAAGACACUACAGACAGUGGCAGAAAGGAGAAGAGACCUCAACCAACCCAGUAGCAUCCAUUUUUGCAUGGACUCGUGGACUCUUGUACAGAGCCAAGCUUGACGGAAAUGAAGAGCUUAAGCGUUUCUGCGAAAUUUUGGAAGCAGCCACCGUUAAGACAAUUGAACUCGGAUUCAUGACCAAGGAUCUUGCCUUGUGCAUUCACGGCAGUCAAAUGAGAAGAGAACACUGGCUUAACACUGAGGAGUACUUCAACAAAUUAGCUGAAAUCUUGGCCGCUGACCUCGCCGCCCCAGCAUCUAGUUAA